AUGACUUCAUCAAGUCGUUCCACUGGGAAGAGACUGCCCAUUAGCUGCCAAGCAUGCCGUACAAGGAAGAUCCGCUGCUCCCGGGACGGCCGUCCGUGCCAGACAUGUGUCCGACGCGGAUUAGGAGCAGAAGACUGUGUCUACUUGGGCCAGCCUCGGUUAUCCUCUGAGAAUACAGUGACGGCGGACGCGACUUUGCAAAAGGAGCUGCUGGCGCGCAUCCGCAACCUUGAAGAUACACUACACAAGCAGGCCGCCAGUUCAUACAUGAGCGAUUCCCUUUCACCACAAAUGUCGCCUAGUGUGGCCGGGAGCUUCUCGGAACCGGACAGUUCCAUCGGUCUCAGCCAACCUGAUAUCAGGAGCCCGUUUCUGGGCAACUUUGGCACCCUACAGACAUUUUCUUCGGGCUAUGUCCGUUAUCUCCCGCUGGCAUCUCAAUGGGGUUCAGUGACUGGAAGUGCAGUGCAAGACGUCGAUGCCGACAUCCCAGAGGAAAACGAUGAUUUACAGAUUCCCUUUGCCAGAAACAAUAUCUCCAGAGAGGAAUUGCUGGCAGUGCUUCCUCCGGGCCGAUAUUGCGACGCGCUAAAAGAUGUGUACUUCCGAGUAUUCUCUCCCAUGUUCCAUAUUCUGCAUGAUUUGACAUUCGAAGCUGAGUAUCAGCGAUUCUGUCACGAUCCAAGCAGUGUAAGCACGGCAUGGAUUGCCCUCUUAUUUAUUAUUUUGGGAGUUGCAGUCACUGCCCUUGAUGACGAUGAUCCACUGCUAUCUGACUUGGGCCGUGAAAAAACUGUCAGUCGCAAUAUCAAAGUCCUAUCAUCGCGGUAUCGCUCGGCAGCGCUGCGAUGCUUGGCAGCUGAUGGCGUGUUUUCUCGCCACUCCAUCAACUCUCUCCAGUGCCUCGUCCUCGUCAACUACGCAAGGAUCCACCGUGGACUCCCUACGUGGACCUUGUUGGGCUUUACGCAUCAUGUGGCAAUCUCAAUGGGGUGUCAUGUUGACCCGGAACGAUUUGGCUUGGGGCCCAUCGAGCGUGAGGAGCGUAGGCGUGCCUGGACCGGCCUCAUGAUCCUCUAUAUCAACCAGAAUAACACCUUUGGCGGCCCCGAUCAGAGAAUACACUCUCAGGAUGUAAAGUUCCCGUUGGAGAUCAACGACGUGGACUUGCUCACAGGAGGCUCAUCAGAGCCCACAACACAUCCCACUCAAAUGACCUACCUCCUGCUGGAAUACCAGCUAUCCAAGAUCUCUUCGAUGAUCUGCGAAACCCUCUUCACGUUCGCACCCAGAUUCAGCAUCUCGCAGAUCGAGACUGAGAUCCUAGCGAUCCAUGAAACCUGCGACAAGCGGUAUCAACUUGACGCCAGCGGCGAAACACUUCCAACCCACCAUCUGGCCAACCUAAACACCUUGUACGGCCACCUCCACCAACUGUUUCUUCUCGCCCUCCGGCCCAACCUAUGCCGCUACUUGCAAGGCGAGGUCACACCCGAGACAUGCGCUGCGAGAGCUAAGUGCGCCGCGUCUGCCAAGGCCACUCUGGCAAUCUACCAGUCCCUACACGACCUGCCCCAAUAUUCCACAUACAAAUGGUACAACAGUGGGCUGGGAAGCUUCCACGCUUUCCACGCAGUCGUUGUUCUCUGCGCUAUUCUCAUGCACCCGGACAGCCAGUUCGAAUUCACCGAGACCCACGAUCUCCUCUGGCGGUCAUUGGAUGCCUUCGCCGCAUUGUCGAACCGCAGUAAUUUCUGCAGCAAAGCCGUGCCGGUUAUACGCCAGCUUCUGGACUUCGUCAGUGCCCGAAGCCAGCAACAACAAACCUUAGUACCAAUGGACAACAGUCACAACACCGCCCCGACCUCGGCUGCACCAUCCUUCAUCCAACCCUACCCCACACCACCGGUGGAAUACAUACCGGAGUCACUUUUUUCUCAGCUCCGUGCUCAGAAUUGGGUGAGUCCGUCGUCGAUCCAAUGGGAUGGAUGGAACUUCCUCGCGCAGGAGCAACGCCUCCGUCAGUCGGGACUGGGGUAA